GCGGCUAUGACUAAGAGGCGGCAGUCCUGACUUUGUGCACCAUGCUGUCAGCUAUCCUACUGCUCGCCCUUGCUUCCUUCCCCGGCCAUGCGGACUGCAGCACGCCGGCGGCCGACUCCACGUGUGGCGGGACAGCGGUCCUAAAGUGCGGGGCUCCGACGGAGCCUGGCGUCCAGUACAGACACCUGAAAUGGUACAAGAUCACGGACGGUCCGCAGUCAUCGCGUAUUGGUCUCCUUCGCAAGAACCUACGGGACAACUCGACCAAAGCCUACGGCGAGCUGGAGCGGCCCGUGUUUUUCCGCGAAGAUUCCUCGGACCUCGUCAUUUUUAACACAACCGCGGAAGACAGCGGGAAUUACUGCUGCGCCUUAAGCGCCCCUGUUGGGCAUAAGAACCAGGAGGCCUUAAUCCGCCUCGAGGUAUCCGACUGCCCCGAAGAACAGGCAGGGACUGGGGAACUGUGGUUAGAGAUUAUCCUCUUCCUGGCGGUUGCUCUGUCAUUGGUGAUAUGUUUUAUCUGCUGGGUGUGUCUGAGGAACCUGUCAGUUCUGCGUGAAAGUCGGAAGCAGGGUCCCAGUGAGAAGAAAAACCUGAAGCUGAUAUACUCCCCCAGAUCGAAAGGACCCUCCUACCACCAUGUGUGCGUCUGAUUCCUUCAGAGCCAGUCUUGGGUCUCCACAAUGAACGUCCUUAGGGCCCGGUCAGGCUGGACCAAUGAAGAGGACCCGCGCAGGCGCCCUACAGGAUCCUGGGUCUCGCUUGGAUCAGUCGCAUCAUGAUCUAACUGACAGUGAGCUACAUGGUGCUAGCAAACAGUGCUACAGAACGGAAAAUGCAGCAGCACCGCAUGAAACUCGAAGCUCAUCAUAACAUCGGCAGAUGUUUAAGCACGUGCUGAAACACUACGAAAUGGAGCAGCUUGACUCUGAUAGUGACUCAUGAAGAUCUUUUGUAUCACUGUUGAAUAUUAGUUCUCAAUUUUUGGAUUUGUUUACUGUUUGUCACUUAUUCCUUUUUAAAUCUUCGUUUCUUUACUGUGACGAUCCCGACAUGGUCGGUUUUCAAAGGGGAAAAGCUGGACCUUAUAAGUAAACCAGAUUACUUACAACAACUAGCUGUGUGAGGAGUUCCGAGGCAGUCAUCCACAAAGGAAUCACUAAACUCACCACUUCAAAAUGAAACCUGCAGUCCAAAUGUGUGACAUCAUCUUCAGACAAUGGGAUAAACCACUGUGUUACUGGUACUGAUUAAUUCUCGAUAGAACCAUCAACCAUGGUCCACUCAUCCGUCAAAUGACUGGUAUAUGUCAUUUGAAUCUAUAUGCUUUAGUCACAGUUAAAUCCACAGCCAUCCAGUAAGGUGCCCUUUGAUACAGGAUGUGUACAAACCAAUGAUAAUGCAUCAUAAUUUGGAAACCAGAUAUAUGACUUAAAAGGUACAGCAUGGAAAGGAUGGAUGCAAUGAGGAUAUGAGCACGGAAUGUGAGACACAGCUGAUCGCAUGGCAGAAGGCUCCAUCUCUUUCUGUACGGGGCACUGCAUUGCUAUUUCUAGAACGUUCUAUGCUUCAUUGCACCAUCAGAAUCUGUCUGUUCUUGCACCCACCUUCCAACUGUCUGUUCUGGGUCAAGAGGGUCCUGGAGUGUCUCAGAGAAAGCACAGGGAACAAGCCGGCGGUACCAGAGGAGAACGUGACUCAUCCCCAACAGAGGAGAGGCAGGAGUCCAGUGCCUAAGCCUGCGUGUGCGAGACAGUGCUUUCUGCAUGUGCUGUCUGCAUGUGCUGUCUGCAUGUGCUGUCUGCCCUCGGUAUCAGCAGGGCAUUGGUGCCAGGAUCCCCAACAGAUACCAAAAUCCACAGCUUCUCAAGUCUCUUGUAUGAGAUGCAAUAGUAUUACCUACACACAUCCUCCUGUAUACUCUGUAAUAAUCUCUAGAGUACUUAAGUACUUAAUACAAUGUAAGUGCUAUGUAAAUAUCAGUACCACUUUACAAUAAGGCUCCCUUUUGCUACUUAGAAAUGAUAGUAACUCAUUAAUAAUAAAAAAACUGUUAUAACUUGUUUAAAAUUGUCUAUUAAUAAUUUACGAAGUGUUACAACGUAAUAAAUAACCAGCCUUAUUGUAAAGUGUCACCUAAAUAUUUGUUAUAAUGUAUUCAGUUUUAUACAUUCAAUACAGAGAGUCUACAGGAGUUUAUGUCCCACACAUUUCAUUCACAUGGAUUCCAUGUAGGACCUGGCUUUUCAGUCCAUUUUUUCUUAAUAUUUUGGACUCACAGCUGCUUGAGUCCUUGGAUGUGGACACUGAGGGCUGACUGUAUUUCUAACGCAUAGCAUGUAACCACACACCUUAAAUAUAAUCAAAGCCUGUUCAGUAUUCUUAUCAAUAUCAGUUGAUGUCCCUUCACAAUAACACUGUAUUUCAGUCUGAAUAAAUGCAUCUGUAGAGUGAGUAAAAUGUGA